AUUACUUUUCGCUGUACCCAUUUUCACUAUAAAAGGCUGUCAAGCUGGGGAACAAACUCAUCUGUAGGCAUUCUGCGCAAUCUGUUUUCAGUCCUAUCUUUGUUCAAUUUCAUUAACCCGAUUCCCUCUUUCAUAAGCUGAGUAAGAGAAAAAUGGGCAAGACUUACUGCUGCUCUUCAUUCUCUCCUUCCCAGCAAGAUUAUCAAGAUGUUAUCAAUAAAAUCGUUGCAGUGGAAGAGAUGAGCUACAUUGAUGAAUUGAUUUCUUACAUUGAACAGAUCUUAAAUGCCAUUCAAGAGGGAAGAGUUAAUUCAAUUGCCCUUCUUGCCAAGACAAAUCGGGUGGGUUCUUCUAUCAAUUCUAGUGGUGGUUUAUUGGAGAAAGUAUUGAAGCGAUCUGAGAGACAUAUAUGCAAGAGAGACAUUAUGCCAAAGCUUAACCAUGAAACACGGAAAUUGGUGAUGGAUAUAGCAAAUCAAGGAGCACAUAUUCAGUGGGUGGGAAUAGCGCUUUCAGUUGUAGGUUUUGUGUUGGAACGAAUUGAACAGAUUUCUUCCAAUAGAGAGGAAUUUAUACAGCUCUUCAUUUACAUGUCUAAUCUUGCAAAAUACAUCAAGCAGUUGAAUGAUCAUUUGGAUUUGGCUCAAGAGAAGCUGAAUCGGGUCCUUCAAUUCAUUGUACAAGGCUCCCUCGUCUGUGUAUCUCAAAUGGGAUCUCAUGCGCUUUCCAAAUUUUUCACUGCUCCGGUAGCCGCUGAAGAUAUAGGGAGAUUACAAGCAGAACUUGGGCAUGAGUACCAAAAACUCUCAUUGGAAGCGAUAAUUGCUGUUUUGAACAGGAUUCCAGUUGUGUUACCUCCCUCCCAAGGGAGAACUCCUCAAGAGUUGGUAUUGAAGAAGCCAGAAAUUGUGUGGCUGACUUUCUUGAAAGUGGUGGUUAUUUAUGGACAAGAUGGGAUAGGAAAGACAACUUUAGUCAGAACCGUUUUCAGCAAGUUGGACCUCAAAAACUACAAAUAUUGCAGAAUUGAUAUAAAACAGAAUUGUUCAAAGGCUGGUCUUGAAUUGCUGCAACAACAAAUUUUAAGACCUUUAUACUGUAAUAUAUAGUUGAAGAGUUUGAAUGAAGGUCGAGAAGAAUUGUCCAAAGAUUUUAAAGAAUACUCCUCUAAAGCUAUCUUCAUUUUUGUUGACAAUGACCUGAAAAAGCUUUUGCCUAUAAGUGACCUGCAUCCCUUCCACCACAGAGCAGGAUUCUUGUAACAACCAGAAACCUGAACGAGACUCCAACAAUUGUGCAAGCAAGAAUUGAACGCUGUUCUUAUCAGGUACCUUCUCUUCCGCACAAGAAGCACAAAAACUCUUGCCUGUGUUCACUUUAGGCAGUGACCAAGCAAGCUUUGAUCCCACCAUAGAUAUUAAAAGCCUCCUUCAAAUAUGCCAAGGAAUUCCACUGGUUCUAAAAUUGGCAGGAGGGAGACUAUGCGAGCAUAGUCAUGGUCAGAGUGUGGCAGCUUGUAGAGAUGAUGUUGAAAAUCUCAAGUCAGAGCUGCUACAAGGAGAAGAGGAUGACUUAAGUGAGCGUAUGGUAGAAAGAGGCAUUUCUUGACAUAGUGUUUUUCUUUUCUAAUAGCGAGUGGGACCAGGUGGCCUAUAGUGUUGGAGAGACAGAGUUUGAAGAUCUUCAAAGCACUGCACUUGUAAAUGGUACAAAUGAGGGCAGGGUGAAUGUUCAUGAUAUAGUGCAAGUAUGAGGGAGAAUGUUGCCACCAGAUGGGGAGAGAAUCACCAACCUACAAUCUCCCACUCAUGUUCUCCAAGAUGUAAAGAGAAUAAAGAAAACAAAAGGGAUUGCUCUUUAUGAAUCAUUCGAGCUAGAAGUGAGUCAUCUCAACUUAAUGAAGAGAUGUUUAAGAGUUUUGAUCUUGGACAGAAGAGGAACAAUAAAUGGAGAAUGUAAAAGUCCCUUUGAAAAUCUAAGGUUUCUCUUCCUUGACAUCUAUGAUUACUCAUGGAUGGACGUCACCAAACACCCGAGAUUAGCAGUUUUCAUUUUGAAGUCCGAUGCAUACGAUGAAUUUUGUGAGGCAAAAUCUACAAACUCUGCCUUAUUUUUUUAAUUUUGUCAAACAAAUUUCUAGAUUUAUUUAUAAUUUUCCCAGAACACUGCUAAUUCGAAACAAUGACAUUGUUUUUGCAGUUCUAGGACAUCAUCCCAUCUUCAUUGAAAUAUAAGCUUGUGCAAGGUGCUACGUUAGUUAAAUCUUACCACCAUCUUUUCCAAAUUCGAUCUUUGCGUUCUCUAACAUUGCUUAUUUGUAGAGGGUUUGAUAACCUGCCUGAAACUAUUGGGAACCUACCUGUUUUGAAAAAGUCACAAUUUUUGGUGAACCUUUCAGACAAUUUUGUAAAUUUGUUUUCUUUAAAUGAGUGGACUAUAUUGGAUUCUUCUAGUUGGGUGAGUCUUCCAGACAGUUUUGGCAAUUUAUUUUUCACCCAGACAGUUUUGGCAAUUUAUUUUCUUUAAAUGAGUUGAAUUUAUUUGGGUGUUC